GCCCCACUCUCUUGCGCUCUGCCCACAGGAGCAGCAGCUCUAUCCUAAGGCUUUUCCUGCCGCCCACCGUGCAGCAAUGCCUGCCUCCUCCGCUCGGCCCGCGGUUCUGGCCCUGACCGCGCUGACGCUGCUUUUGCUGCUGUGCCUGGGCCCAGAUGGCAUAAGUGGAAAUAAACUCAGACUGAUCCUCCAAAAACGCGAAGCACCUGCUCCAACUAAAAUGGCUAAAGUGGCUGUUGAUGAGAACAAAGCCAAAGAAUUCUUAAGCGGCCUGAAGCGGCAGAAGCGGCAGCUGUGGGACCGGACCCGGCCGGAGGUUCAGCAGUGGUACCAGCAGUUCCUGUACAUGGGCUUUGAUGAAGCGAAAUUUGAAGACGAUGUCACCUACUGGCUAAACAGAGGUCGGAAUGGACAUGACUACUACGAUUACUACCAACAUCACUAUGAUGAAGAGUCCGCCAACGGUCCGCGGAGUCCCCACAGCUUCAGGCAUGGAGCCAGCGUCAACUAUGACGACUACUAACCACAGCUCGCCAAGCCUGGCUCAAGGACCCCGCAGAGAUCCUCUUCAAAAUGUCACGCACUCUUCAAUCCCUUUCAUGCCUUGUUUCAGCUCAUCUUUUCUACCCACUUUCUGUGACCAGGAAGGAAGCAUCAAAACAAAGAAUAUAAAUGUCUUUGAUAUUUCAUGCAAGUACCUAACAAUGCAUUUCACCUAAAAAUAGCAAUAAAGCAUUUUGUUUAAAAGAAACUUCUCGGAAUUCAUUUGGAUGAAAAUUAAGUUGACGACAGUUUUUAUCCCCUGAGUGAUUCUGAAGCUCAUGUAUCAUCUGAGAGACAAGUCUCUAUUAAUAUCCCAACAGUUACCUGGUGAAUCCGCACCACCACACCAAGCAGGCCCUGGGUCGUCUGUUUGAAUAUUCAGUCCAUGCUAUCAUGCAAGAUAUAAAACCAGCAAGAAAAUUUAUUUGAAAAUUAAGAUUACAGAACAUGGUUUGUAGGAUUCCAAUUAUUCUACAGGUGUUUGAGAGCUUCUGGGGUUCUAGGCCCUGAAUUGUAGCUGGACCUAUUUAGUGUUAUUAUCCAGGAAACAAAAGAUAACAGAAAAAAAUCUAAAGUUUGGUUGAUUUCAGAGGCUCACUUAUCUAAAAAAUUAAAACUUUUUCAGUGAUUCGAGAAGGACCACAGAAUAGACUCUGAAUCAUAUCUAAACACCUGAGUGAAUGAAAGAGAGAAAAGUGGUGUUA